UCUCUCUCUCUCUCUCUCUCUCGAUCCAACGGUUCCCUUCUACGCUGGUUUGAACAUUUCCUACACACCAACUCUGCAUUAUACCCCCUCCGAGAAAAAGGAGGCCCCAAACUUCCCCGCAUCCAACAACUUCGGAUAAUCCCAACCCGAGAUAAACCAGCAGCAACGCAGAGACGGAGACUCUCUCCCAGCAUGUGAAGUAAUUUCCCAGGAGGAAGAAGAGCUCUUAAAAGAGAGCAAAAACCCUAGAUCCUUUGUGGCGAUUGUGUCAUAAAAUGAUGGACGGAUUCUCACCGAUUUCGCCACCGCGAAUCUUCUGGAAUUCGCGCAAGAGAUCAGCUAGCGCCCGUAGCUUAGAGAAUUCAUUGAAGGAAGAGGGUAACAGCCGAGUUCUUAAUGAUAUUACAAAGGAAAACAAAACCGAAUCAACCCAAUUGAACGACAAUAAGAAGCAAGAUGAUCCUAAACCAGAUAUCUCCGAUAGACGCCGAGCUCUCUUCGAACCGUUGGAGCCGAUCGGUCACCGUGGAGAUGGCAAGAACCGAACUCCGGCUGAAGAACUCCUCCCUCCGCCGGAUUUUGACUCCACCUCUUACCCCAAAGGAUGGUUAGUAGGAAAGAAGCGAAAGCUCGUAAAUGUGGAUGUGGUUGAAAGCAUGAGGAGGAUUGCUAUCCAGGAGAUGAACAGAAAGGAUAGAGAGAUUGAUGGUCUGAAUGAGCAGCUUGAGGAAGAUGGUAAAUGCCUUGAACGUCUUCAGCUACAGCUGCUUGAUGAGCGCAGCAAGAGAGCCGAUGCUGAGAGGGAGAACGGCAUGUUAAAGAAUCAGAUAUCCAUGCUUAUGAGCAUGUUUGAAGAAGGGGAUGAAGCAGUUGAAGGGGAUGCUCCUUAAACCUCUUCUUUUCCUCUCUCUUUCAUUGGAUUUGUUCAGCUUAUAUGCCAGCAGUGAGACAUUCAGGUAUUGUGAAAAUUGAUUUACACCCAAGUUUUAUAUGUUCUUGGAAUCCCAGAAGGGAUUCAUAGAAUAAA